CUGGCACGGGUUUGGUAGGGCAGGGCACCCCCGCCGCUCGCAGUCCUGGGUACGCUUUGUCGCCUGCCGCUGCUGUCCAGUUUCCUUUGGAUUCCCAUAAUGGAUUCCCCCAAAUCUCCAAAAGAAAAUGUCCUCAUCACAGGAGGAGCUGGCUAUUUUGGUUUCCGCCUAGGUUGUGCUCUAAACCAAAAAGGGGCCCAUGUGAUUCUGUUUGACAUCAAGAGCCCAGCUCAGGCCAUUCCAGAAGGAAUCGAGUUUAUACACGGAGACAUCUGCCAUCUCUCUGACGUAGAGAAGGCCUUCCAGGAUGUGGCUGUGACUUGCGUGUUCCACAUCGCUUCUUAUGGCAUGUCGGGCCAGGAGCAACUGAAUCGAAACCAGAUCGAAGAAGUCAACUUGGGGGGCACAGAAAACAUCCUCUGGGUUUGCAGGAAGAGAGGGGUGCCAAGAUUAGUUUACACCAGCACUUUCAAUGUUGUCUUUGGAGGUCAAGUUAUCAGAAAUGGAGACGAAUCUCUGCCUUAUCUACCCCUGCACCUCCACCCAGAUCACUACUCCCGGACCAAGUCCAUUGCAGAAAAGAAGGUGCUGGGGGCCAGUGGCACAGCCCUGGAGAGGAGCCACGGUGUCUUGAGAACCUGUGCACUAAGGUCAGCUGGCAUCUAUGGGCCUGGAGAGCAAAGGCAUCUCCCCAGGAUUGUGAACUACAUUGAGAGGGGUUUGUUCAAGUUCGUGUAUGGGGACCCCAAGAGCCUGGUUGAAUUUGUCCAUGUGGAUAACUUGGUGCAGGCUCACAUUCUGGCUUCAGAGGCCCUGAAAGCUGACAAGGGCCACAUUGCCUCUGGGCAGCCCUACUUCAUCUCAGAUGGCAGACCGGUGAACAACUUUGAGUUUUUCCGGCCUCUGGUUGAGGGCCUGGGCUACAAGUUCCCCUCCUUCCGCCUGCCCUUGACUCUCAUCUACUGGGUGGCUUUCAUCACAGAGGUGAGCUACUUCUUUUUGGGUCGGCUGUACAACUUCCAGCCCUUCCUUACCCGUGCUGAAGUUUACAAAACUGGUGUCACACAUUACUUUAGCCUGGAGAAAGCCAGGAGGGAGCUAGGUUAUGAGGCUCAGUCAUUUGAUCUCCAAGAAGUAGUGGAGUGGUUUAAAGCCCAUGGCCACGGCAGGAGCCCUAGCACUCACGACUUGGAGCCUCUUGUUUGCAGUGGACUGUGUUUCUUGCUCUUGGUUAUAGUGGUCCUGGCGUGGCUGCCCUCUGUGACUCUGUUGCUAUGAACAGUGUACUAAAAAAAAAAA